CCAUAUAGGGAAAAUUACAAGAAGGGCUCUAAAAAAUAGGUUGCAGUUUUUGGGUGGGAAGAAAAUUGAGGGAGAAGAAUUAGGGACAGAAUCAGUCUGUAAUGGCUGUAACAAGUACUGCUGCUGCUCAGCUGAGAUGUUUACGGCCUAAUAUCUCUAAUCGAAGGCCUCUGUAUCGGAUUUCUGGUGAUUAUGCCCCAAGAUUUCUAGCAAUGGCAACGCCACAAAAGGUAAACAAAUACGAUAGCAAAUGGGAAAAAAAAUGGUUUGGUGCAGGCAUCUUCUAUGAAGGCAGCGAAGAAGUAGAAUUUGAUGUGUACAAGAAGUUGGAAAAGAGCAAAGUCCUAAGCAAUGUGGAAAAGGCGGGAUUGUUGUCAAAGGCUGAGGAAUUUGGCAUCACGCUUUCAUCUAUAGAGAAACUGGGCUUAUUUUCCAAAGCAGAGGAUUUGGGCCUGCUUAGCUUACUGGAAAAGGCUGCCGGGUCUUCGCCGUCCGACUUAGCCUCGGCGGCACUGCCGAUUUUGGUGGCGGCCAUUGUGGCCAUUGUGGUGAUUCCCGAUGAUUCCGCAGGCCUCGUGGCGGUGCAAGCGGUGGUGGCUGGUGCGCUUGGGGUUGCUAGUGCUGGGCUUUUCAUUGGAGCCGUACUUUUGGGUGGGAUACAAGAGGCCGAGUGAGAACUUCUCUAAUGUACGUAGCUUACAACUAUUGUUUUGGGAAAGGUUUUGGUAAUUUAUUUUGUUGUAUUUUCAUCUUUGGCCAAAUACAAUUAGUUCCCUUUAGGGGCUGCCUUUACAAUUUUUUUUACUCCUAACGUGAAAUUCUGGGUAAUAAUUAGUAAUAUGAUCAUGGGGCUCAAUUGAGAUCCAAUUUGUUAAUACUUGCACAAUUCAAGGAGCAACUCGCCAUUGUUUUUGAGUUGCAUCA